AUGGAUGCUGUCACACUGGUACAAAGUCUCCAGCAGGAAACCACCUGCAGCAUCUGUCUGACCUUCUUCUCAAAGCCUGUCACCCUCAACUGUGGACACAGCUUUUGCCAGUGUUGCCUGACCAGAAGCAAGGAAGAUUGGGACACAAAUUUCACUUGCCCUGAAUGCAGGAAAGUCUCCCAGAACAUCCCUGUCUUCAAUGUGCACCUCUCAAAGCUGUCUGCUAUCUGUAAGAAGCUCAGCCCUCAGAACUUGCAGAACCUUGUGGGACAAAGUCACUGUCAGAAGCACCAGCAAGUCCCUAAGCUCUUCUGUAAGGAGGACCAGACCUCCAUUUGUAUACCCUGUACUAAAGGUCAGGAGCAUGCAGCCCACACCUUUUCCCCCAUUGAAGAGGCUGCUCAGGAUUGCAGGAAAAAACUCCAGAAGACAAUGCCUCUUUUGAGAAAGAAGAUCAAGGAAUUUAAGGCACUUAAAACUUCAAAAAAGGAAAGACGAGUUAAGUGGAAAAAGUUGAUUAGAGAAGAAUAUGAAAAAAUGCACCAAUUACUGUUUGAGGAAGAGAGUGACUACAUGAGAAAAAUAAAAUGUGAUGAAAAGAUUGAAUCCCAGCUAAGGGACAACUACUAUAAUCAGCACGUGAAAAACAUGGAAGAUACUAUAGGAGAGAUAGAGGCAACAAGAUUCAUACCUGAUUUGGACCUCCUUGAGGAAAGCAAAGAGCUGUUACAAAUGAGUGAGUCUCUGCUUUGUGAAAGGCCCAAGUCUUUCACCUCAGAGUUAAGAAAAUAUCCUAUCACUGGGAUGAAAGAGUUGCUAAAGCACUAUGCAGUGAAUGUCACCAUGGAUCCUACAACAGCCAGUGACUAUGCCAUUGUAUCUGAGGAUUUGAAAAGUAUAAGACAUAUAGACAACUGUCCAGAUCAGUCUAACCGGUCUGAAAAGUUUCCUUAUUAUUUUGUCUUUGGUCAGCAGGCAUUUUCUUAUGGCAAAUGCUACUGGGAAGUGGAUGUGAGUGAGCAACCUCAGUGGGCACUGGGGAUAGCUACCAAGUCCCUCAGGAAGACCAAGAGAACCCAAAACUUAGUUAUGCGUCCAUACAUACUUUGUUGUGAGAAGAAGGGAAGUGAUUUCUACCUGAUCACUCAACCAGGAUUAGUUCGACAGCAAAUGAAAGACCCUGUGUCUGUAAUUGGCAUAUAUCUGGAUUUUUCUCGUAGAGCCCUUCUGUUCUAUAAUGCUGUUGAAGCCUCCCUCAUCUAUGGAAUAUACACUGUGCCAGUCACAGAGCCCAUCAGGCCUCUCUUCUCUCCUUGUCCUCCUAUGCCUGGAACAAAGAUUGGUUCCAUGACCAUCUGUACAACAGUGGAGGAGACAGAAUAG